AAUCAUGUGCGGGCAGCAUGCCCGCUCAAAGAUACCUGUUUUCUCCCGUUCCACCUACACGUCUCAGGGACUAAACUUAACUCAAGACGAACACCAUGGAGGGAUACAUUGACGAGGUUGUGUUUGAAUUCGACUUCAACAGCACCGAUGAUGGGUCAGGCGAGGAGGACAACUAUGUGGAGAUCUGCGAGGGCGCGCACAACAACGACUUCCAGAAGAUUUUCCUCCCAAUCGUCUACGGAAUAUUUUUCGUGUUGGGCAUUAUCGGAAAUGGGCUUGUUAUCGUUGUGAUGGGCUACCAGAAGAAGUCGUCCAGCAUGACUGACAAGUACCGUGUUCACCUGUCCGUGGCUGACAUGCUGUUUGUUCUGACGUUGCCCUUUUGGGCAGUGGAUGUGGCCAGCAGUUGGUACUUUGGGGAGUUCCUCUGCGUUACGGUCCACAUGAUCUACACUGUCAAUCUCUACAGCAGCGUUCUCAUCCUGGCUUUCAUUAGUCUGGACAGAUACCUGGCGGUGGUAAAAGCAACCAACAGCCUAGAUACCAGAAAACUUCUGGCAGGGCGCAUUAUUUACUUCGGAGUUUGGCUGCCAGCGGCGCUUCUGACUAUUCCAGACAUGGCGUUUGCGAGAGUGGAGGAGAAAGGUUCCCGGACUUACUGCGAACGCAUCUACCCACAGAGCGGCAACGUGAUUUGGAUGGCUGUGUUCCGUUUCCAGCACAUAUUGGUUGGAUUUGUCCUGCCCGGCCUCGUCAUCUUCACGUGCUACUGGAUCAUUAUCGCCAGGCUGUCUCAGGGUGCCAAAGGACAGACGCUGAAGAGAAAGGCUUUGAAGACCACCGUCAUCCUCAUCGUUUGUUUCUUCACUUGCUGGCUGCCUUACUGCAUUGGCAUCUUUGUGGACACACUAUCGGAGCUGAAUCUCGUGCGUAAUUGUGCGCUAAUGCAGGGCCUUCAGAAGUGGAUUCCCAUCUCAGAAGUGCUGGCGUACUUCCACUGUUGUCUGAACCCCAUUCUGUACGCUUUCCUGGGGGUAAAAUUCAAGACGUCUGCCCGCAGCACGCUCAACAGCAGAUCCAGCCAGAAGAUGCUGACCAAAAAGAGAGGGCCCAUCUCAUCAGUGUCCACAGAAUCCGAAUCCUCCAGUGCGCUUUCCAGUUAAUGGGCGCUUUUAUGGACAUUAUUUAAAAAACGGACACUUUGAUUUGUACAAAUAUGCCACUUUUGUGUGUAAAAAGUCUUCUGUGACUAUUCCAGGGCUUUUAUAUACACUUGUUCUUGCUGAUAACUAACUUUGUAAUAAAGGAUUUAAUGCUGUUCAUUUUGCUACUGAGACAGCCACUGUUGUAAAUAUGUGUACAUAGUUGGCUUUCCAUUUUUGUAUAGGCACUUAAGUUUGCUUAAAAAAUAAGUUAUUUAAAUAUUGUGGUAGCAUACACUGUUUUGUUUUCUACCUUGCAGUCUUUUUUUAAAUGCUAUGUUGUUAAUAUUGUGUUGAAAAUAAAAGUUUU